UUUAUGUCAGUUGGCCGAUUCAUUUUCUCUAGUCAAGUUGUGCAUUUAUUCGCUUCAUCUACUCUAGUCUAGUUCUUUAAAAAAAACUCACAAUCCCUCCAGAAUGGGCAAAGUCAAGAAUAAGAAUAAGUUGGAAGAAGAUGAGGAAGACACUCAGUGUGGACUUGGUCCUUUCCACGGGAAAUGGCUUCAGGGAUAUGCCAACAAGAAAUCUUACCUGUUGACAUACAGCUUCCUAGGACUUUUUCAAGCCAUGUUUUUCAGCUAUUCCAUCGCUACAUUGACCACGCUCGAGAAACAGUUCAAACUCAAAAGCCAAACCACAGGAAUUCUGUUGUCGGGGAAUGAGGUGAGCCAGAUCUUGCUCUCGCUCGUGAUAACGUACUUUGGAGGGCAUGGACACAGGCCUCGAUUGGCGGCAUUGGGAGUCGUCUUCUCGGGUGUCGCUUCAAUUAUCGUGAUUGUUCCUCAUUUCGUUUACGGCCAAUUCGCAACAGCCACUAACGUGACAAGAAGUUUUGAUGUUUGCUCAACAUCAACGGAUUCAGUCAUGCCCACCAUGAACCCGGAAGAUAGUUGUGACGCACCCAUCGGUCCAAUGAUCUACAUCUUCAUGUCACAAUUUGUUUCUGGUAUCGGUACAACCUUAUUCUCUAUCCUUGGGAUCACUUACUUGGACGACAAUGUGAAGCGAAAGCAAACUCCAAUGCUCAUCGGAAUCAUGUCAAGUCUUCGGUUGAUCGGGCCAGCCUUUGGAUACGGAUUGGCCGCCAUCUGUAUGCGGUUGUACGUCAAUCUGAGCGAAACGACGACACUUAAGCCAAGAGACCCAAGCUGGAUUGGCGCUUGGUGGCUUGGCUUCAUGAUUAUUGGCAUAAUUCAAAUUUCCACUGCCUGGCUACUGGCGUGUUAUCCACGACGACUACCAAAGGAAUCAACUACUGCCAAAGGUUUCAUGACAAUUGCAGCGCAAAAAUCUACUCAGCAGCGCAAUAAACCCAAGGAGCGAACAUUCAAAGAGUUUCCGGCAGCAUUGCGUCGAUUGUUGACCAACAAGAUUCUGAUUCUCAAUAACUGUGCUGGCGUAUUCUUCGUCUUUGCCCUUAGCGGGUACAUUACCUUCUUGCCCAAGUACAUGGAGACACAAUUUCAGCAGUCGUCCUCAAUGUCUGGGCUCGUUAACGGGCUCACUGGCAUUAUGUUCAUGUGCACUGGACUGUUGCUGGCUGGCUAUCUGAUUUCGCGCUUUAAAUUUCACGCUUGGAAGCUUCAAGUAUGGGAUGUUCUUAUCGGAAUCAUUUGGAUUAUAAUCCUAGUCGUAUUCGCGUUCUUGGGUUGUGAUUCAAAACCUAUCCACGGUUUCGAAAAUGCAGAAAAUGGAAUCAACGCCAUGCUAAGCAUUCCAACAACAUCUUGCAACGAAGAAUGCAAUUGCCAGAGCAAUCGUUUCGCCCCGGCGUGUUCUGAGGACGGACAAGUCAAUUUUUUCUCCGCUUGCCACGCUGGUUGCACCUCGAUGAACUCCACUGGUGACCGAACAAUUUUUUCCGACUGCAGUUGCAUCAAAGAAUGGAUUAAUACCACCCAGAUUUCAAACUCGACGUUGGAUUCUGGUGCUUGGUAUAACGGCAAAGCCAUCGGUGGAUAUUGCCCUUCCAAUUGCUUCCAAAUGUUCCUAAUCUACAUUUUCGUCAUGGGCAUCAUCAAGUUUCUAAGCUCAUUUGGUCGAGUUAGCAACAUACUUAUCACUUUCCGAUGCGUCGCGCAAGAGGACAAGUCUUUCGCCAUAGGCCUUGGCUAUCUCUUGACUAGCCUUUUCGCUUUCAUUCCAGCCCCCAUCGUCUACGGAGCUGUAAUUGAUCAGGCGUGCAUUCUAUGGCGAACUGACAGUUGCGGUGUGCGCGGUAAUUGUUGGAUCUACGACCAGGAAAAGAUGCGACUUUACUUCCAUCUUCUUACAGCGGGUGUGAUUGUUAUAGGUGUGAUUUUCGAUUGUUUCACCUGCUUUGCCGUCCGCGAUCUCGAUCUCUACGCGGAAGAUCCGGUGGAGACAGGAGACAACGGAAUGGUAGCUUCAGCAAACAACAAAGAACUUCAACCCAUGCUGACUUCCCGCCCGUUGCCACCGACAAACAGCAUCAACGUGGAAGGAUUCAUCAGAACGUUGGAGGCAUAGGGAGGAAUAUUUUCAUUUACAUACAAGAUCACUCGAUUAUUAAACUUGUUCGUUUUAUUUGCUGCGUUUUAGUAAAUUCUUAAAUCAGA